CCAUCUGCAGCCUCAGGAAGACCUCCAGUUCAGGCCUCAACAAGUAGGCUCCACACAGAGACAAUGGAAAGACCAAAAAAAAAAAUCUGCAAUAAUGGAGCCAAAAGCCAGACCUUGCCAGCCAUACCACCAUUUCCAUUUCCACCAUCAACACCAGAGACAGUCCCAGAUCUAAGACAAGAUGAAAGAGAACUCCGACUCUUUCAGAUGCUAGAGGAGAUAAAAGGCCAAGUCAGACAAAAUUCUCUUCUGCUUCAGGCAAUUUUGAGAAGAGAGAGUGUCACUGAAGUCAGCAGUUUUCCAGAUUUUGAGUUUCUUCUACAAAAUAUUAAUGAUAUAAAAAAAAUGGAGGACUGGCUUUCUGACAAAGAAACACGGCGCUCUCUGGGAAAACAUCUCAUGAGUUUGGGUGGGACAACAACAAAAGAUAUAAUCUACAGGAUCAUGCGUGAAACAAUCAGCAAUGAUUUAGCGAAAAAGUUUAACUGGAUGGGCAGGGGGCAGAAAAGUCCUUUCUCUGUGUUGAACCUGGCAAAGGUCAUCAUAGAUGCUGCCAAAAAACAAGGGGCCACCUUAAUGGAGGCAGAAGAAAAGAUAAAAACAUGGCUGAAAUACAGCGGUGACCGAAAUGGAGGAAGAAAAAGGAGAUCAGAAAAGGAGAGGCAGACGCAUCCCCCAUCACAUUCUCCAUCUGACAUCAGCAGCGAAUCCGAGGUGUCUGAAAUAUCUGACAUUGAGCAGAACUGAUUGAUGACCCAUCAACCCUUGAGGAUCUCACCACAUAAAUGUUUAUUAUUAAAUCAAUAUGUAUUAUUAAAUGUAUU